AUGCCGCACAUUACUUCGUUGAAUCUAGCUUUGGCUCGUUCUUUCCACUGUAGUCGUAUACUACCUUCCGGAGGAAUGUUUCGAGCUAGACGCCGUCUCCCGCCGAGUAACAAUGAGUGGGGUCCUUUGACCGAUCGACCGGACUUUUCUGUGAUAGGCAAACCCGAUCCGCGAUUUACUAGUGAAGGACAGCGCAGGCGCGCCAUAAAGAACUAUCAGUUCGCGAACGAUGCUAUCCGCCUUGUGUCUGAGAUUUACGAAACCAAAGCAAAGUCGGAGGCGAUGAAACGGGAUAGGGAUUCGUUCAUCCAGCAGGCAGAGAAGUUGGAAGCGGAGAUUGUCGACCCAACCCAGCUUACCUCUGCAUCUCGACUUUCCCUGUCAAGGCUUGGGCAACCUGGCAGUAUCCCGACCCUCGUACUUUCUUUGGGUGACAUGGCAGUUAAGCACCGAAAGCGUUCUACAGCUGAACGAUUGUUUUCGUUUCCAUUCAGCACAUGGCAGGUCGGAGAUAGCUCUCUGAGGCGCACAGCCCUCUGGCGUGUGGAGGGCUUCGGCGUAACCUAUAGAUUGGGAGUGAUUUAUCUAUUGCGGGAAAGAUCUGAACCAAGGAUAGCAAUAUUGUCUGCAUACCCUGUCUGUGAGCGAACGUCCCGGGAGCAUUUCGCCCCCCGAAGCUUCAUAGGCAGCCAGAGAAAUUUCCGGCAGCAAGUCAAUAACGAAGUUGAAGCUGAAUAG